AUGGCGCCUCUCUCCCAGGACGGUUGGAAGGAUCCAAGGAGUUCAGAGGGCAAAAGGAAGUCCGUGAUUGCCCUGAGUUUCUUAGUAGCGUUUCUGUUCCUGCUCGUCCUGCGCCUCUUCCAUGAAGUGGACCUCCCUUUGGUGCUCGGCUGUUUGGGACGGUCCGGUGCCAAGUGGCUUCCGUUCUCCUCCGCACACAGGCGGCCGCUCCGGACUCACUAUGGCUACACACACGUGAAAACGCAGGAGCCUUUGCACCUCGACUGCGAUCUCUGUGCCAUCGUUUCCAACUCUGGUCAGAUGGCCGGCCAGAAGGUGGGCACUGAAAUAGACAGGUCCUCUUGCAUUUGGAGGAUGAAUAAUGCCCCUACCAAGGGCUACGAGGAGGAUGUGGGCCGGAAGACCAUGAUCCGAGUCGUGUCUCACACCAGCGUCCCCCUCCUGCUUAAGAAUCCCGAUUACUUCUUCAAAGAAACCAAUUCCACCAUCUACGUGGUCUGGGGGCCCUUCCGGAACAUGAGGAAAGACGGCAAUGGCAUUGUCUACAACAUGUUGAGAAAAGCUGUGGAGGUCUACCCGGGUGCCCAGAUUUACGUGACCACAGAGAAGCGCAUGAGUUACUGCGAUGGUGUGUUUAAGAAGGAGACAGGGAAAGACCGAGUCCAGUCAGGUACUUAUCUCAGCACUGGUUGGUUUACCUUAAUCCUGGCAAUGGAUGCCUGUUAUGGCAUUCAUGUCUACGGCAUGAUUAAUGACACCUACUGCAAGUCAGAAGGUUUUAGAAAAGUCCCCUACCAUUACUACGAGCCAGGAAGAGAUGAAUGCGAUGAAUAUGUUCUCCAUGAAAACGCUCCAUAUGGAGGCCACAGGUUUAUCACGGAAAAGAAAGUGUUUGCCAAGUGGGCCAAGAAGCACAAGAUCAUAUUUACACACCCCAACUGGACAGUGUCUUGA